GAGGGGCCAGGCAGUGGGCAGCAGAGGGUGGGGGGUGGUCAUGCUCGGUCCUGUUGACCCAGGGAUCACAGAACUGAGUGCUUGGGACAGAGGCCCCUCCACAGGCCGAGUGGUUCCUCAGGGUGGACUAGGGACCAGAAAACUGGCUUCCUCGGCGUUCUAGCCGGAGGAGUGGGUGGGCGGGGAGGCCGGACCCCUGGGACGGCACCCAGGAGAAGGGCCAUUCUGGGUUACGGCCUCAGCUGCCUGCCUGCUCACCCUCCCUUCCUGGGCAGGCGCUGGAUGAGGCUCUGAGGCCCCUGGGACCCCUCCCCACGAUGGGAUGGCAGCAGCAUGUGCCAGCAAGCACCCCGAGGUGCCUGGGUACAUGCCGGGAUUCCCGUCUGGCUGCCACCGUGCCGCCAUCAUGCCACCACCGUAGCAGCUGGCCAAAGGGAAGGCAGCAAUGACCGGAAUGCCAAGCCUGGGGCAGUGGCCCAGGAGAGCCCCCUCACUUACACUCAGCUAAUCUCUUGUGCCUGCCAGGCCAGAGCAGGAUGAGGGGUUAAGCAGGUUGGAAGGCCAACCUGGCUGCUGGGCUCUGGCCUCCUCAGCUGUUCUGUCCCAGCGGGAGCCCAGGCUGGUCCCUGAGUGGGCUCCUCAGGUGCAUUCUGCUCAAUAGGAAGGAGACAGGCACCCGCAGGUCGGGGAGUGGACAGCCCUCCAGUCCCUGCCCCAAAUCCCUUGCUCAGGCCUUGAGGUUGGACAUUUCUCUAUAUGGGCCUUUCUCAUUUUUGUUCAGCUCUGUUUUCAUCUCAUUCAUUUUAUUUCUAGAGCAUUCUGUACCAUUGUCUGGCCCUGUGGGCUGCACAAGUCACCCCCUGGGUGGUGGGACACCCCCUGCCAUGCAGGUGUCGUCUUUGGGGUGACUGGGGACCAACCUGUUGUACAGACUCUUGCCUUGGGAUGUUUCUCUGAGGGUAAACACCAGAAACCCAUAAAUAAGCGUGUGCAAAAUUCAGCGUGCCCGGAAGUGGGACUUCUUCCUGAAGUUGUGGUGUCUUUAGUAGCCCAAGCUCAGUCAUAGCCCCAAACCUUGCUCUGAGGUCCAGGACCAGCUCCCCCCGUUUCUGUGUGACCCUGGGCAAGUGAGUCAGGCCCUCUGUGCUUCAGUGUCCCCAGUUGUACCAUGACAGCAUUCCACCUGCAGGAUGGUGGGGCCUGGGGACCCCGUGGGGCGGGUGCCUUUGGCGAGGACAGUGAUUCCAGGCCCUGCCACCCUGAGCCCCUCUGCUGGCAGACAAGUGAAGGGACCAGAGAGGGCGAGGCCAGCCGGGGUCGCCCAGCCAAGGCACAGAGGCAGGGCGGUCAGAGGGUGGAAACCUGGACACGCCCCCACCAGUUGGUCAGCAUAUGGAUCUGGGCAGAGGGCGAGGGUGAGGGUCAGCCUUUGGGGAGUUUGGGUGACACAGGAUCCUGUUCUCUGGGUCCCCUGUACCCCAGAGUUAUGGAGGAGGCCCAGAGCUUGGUCUCUCUCAGGGGCCUGUCCCUCCCCAGUGGCCUGGCUGCGGGUAGGACUGGCCCCUAGGUCUCACCUCCCUCCCUGUGAAAUGGGAGCAGUACUUGUCCCCUCAUAGGGCUGCAGUCUGGGUCAAGGGAGGUGGUGGACGGCAGCCCUCAUGUCAGCAAGGCUCGGCCAGUGCUCAUGGGGGCGGGCAAGGCUGACGCACAGUCAGUGAGGCUGGUGGUCCCCAGAGGGGAGAGACUGGCCCCGACUGACCCUGCUCUCUACCCUUCCUGGGAGCUCAGGUGGGCUUCAGGUGCUUCUUCACGGUGACAGGGUGGGCUGCAGAGGGUCCCUGCCUGGUUCUGGCAUCAUGGUGCGGAAUGUGGAUGACCUGGACUUCCAGCUGCCCUCACAUGCCCAGGACAUGCUGGAUGGCUUGCAGCGGCUGCGCUCUCUGCCCAAGCUGGCCGACGUCACCCUGCUGGUGGGCGGCCAGGAGCUACCUUGCCACCGCAGCCUCCUGGCACUGAGCAGCCCCUACUUCCACGCCAUGUUUGCUGGUGACUUUGCCGAGAGCUUCUCUGCACGUGUCGAGCUCCAGGACAUGGAGCCGGCCGUGGUGGGACAGCUGCUGGACUUUGUGUACACGGGUCGGCUGACCAUCACACAGACCAACGUGGAGGCCCUGACGCGCACGGCCUCCCGCCUCCACUUCCCUGCCGUGCAGAAGGUCUGUGGCCGCUACCUCCAACAGCAGCUGGACGCCACCAACUGCCUGGGAAUCUGCGAGUUUGGGGAGCAACAGGGGUUGAUGGGGGUGGCCGCCAAGGCCUGGGCCUUCCUGCGGGAGAACUUUGAGGCCGUGGCCCAGGAGGACGAGUUUCUGCAGCUGCCCCGGGAACGGCUGGCUACUUGUCUGGCCAGCGACCUGCUGCAGGUGCAGCCAGAGCAGAGCCGGCUCGAGGCCCUGCUGCGCUGGGUUCGCCACGACACCCAGGCCCGGGCCGCCCUCCUGCCCGAGCUGCUCAGCCUGGUGCGUCUGGAUGCUGUGCCCAGGCCCUGCGUGCAGCAACUGCUGGCCACGGAGCCGCUGAUCCAGGAUUCAGAGGCCUGCCAGGAGGCACUGUCCCAGGACCACCGUGGGGUGAUGCUGGGCCUCCCGCAGAAGCUAGAGGAGGUGCUGGUGGUGGUGGGCGGGCGGGCACUGGAGGAGGACGAGGAGGGUGGUGAGGAGCCCACUCCUCACCCUGGGAACUUCGCCUUCUACAACACCAAGGCCCGGAGGUGGUUGGCGCUUCCAGACUUCCCCGACUACCACAAGUGGGGCUUCUCCCUGACGGCACUCAACAACGACGUCUACGUCACAGGUGGCUCCCGGGGCACCAAGACAGACACCUGGUCAACCACCCAGGCCUGGUGCUUCCCACUGAAGGAGGCAGCCUGGAAGCCCGUGGCCCCUAUGCUGAAGGCCCGCACGAACCACGCCAGCGCCUCUCUCAACGGGGAGAUCUACGCCAUCGGUGGCACCACCCUGGAUGUGGUGGAGGUGGAGAGCUACGACCCCUACACAGACAGCUGGACGCCCGUCAGCCCGGCCCUCAAGUACGUCAGCAACUUCUCUGCGGCCGGCUGCCGGGGCCGGCUCUACCUGGUGGGCUCCAGUGCCUGCAAGUACAACGCGCUGGCCCUGCAGUGCUACAACCCUGUCACAGACGUGUGGAGCGUGAUCGCCUCUCCCUUCCUGCCCAAGUACCUGUCCUCGCCUCGCUGUGCCGCGCUGCAGGGGGCGCUGUACCUCAUCGGUGACAACACCAAGAAGGUCUACGUGUAUGACCCCGGGGCCAACCUGUGGCAGAAGGUGCAGUCCCAGCACAGCCUACACGAGAACGGCGCUCUGGUGCCCCUGGGUGACGCCCUGUACGUGACAGGCGGCCGCUGGCAGGGCAUGGGCGGCGACUACCACGUGGAGAUGGAGGCCUACGACACCCUGCAGGACGCCUGGACCCGCCACGGGGCCCUGCCCCGCCUCUGGCUCUACCACGGCGCCUCCAGCGUCUUCCUGGACACCUCCAAAUGGACGCGGCCCUUUGGCCGGGCCCUGGAGCACUAGGUGGGGAGCGGCUGCUGGGGUCCCGGGCAGCUCCUCGUUGCCCUGCCGAACGGCCCCUGGUGCUUUCGCUAGGUCCCUUGGAGAUGCGGUCCCCGGUGCUCUGGGCCACCAGGGACAGCAGAAGGCACAGCUCAGAGGACACAGCCUUGUGUCCACAGUGCAGGCGGCAAAGGCUGAUCUCCAGACACCUGUGCAGUGGGAGGAGGGACUCUGCGGGCCUGGGACGCUGGACCUCAGAGGAAGGUGCCAGGGGAUCCAGGAUGCCAUUCAGAGCUCAGGGCUCUCCCAGGGUCAGCUCCUCUGGCCUCCGCCCCACCCCACCCGCCAGCGGGGGCACUAGGUUUCCAAAUCUGCUUCUGGGGACAAAGGAAGCCUGCUCAACCCUUUCUCUGCCCCCCUACAUCAAGAGGGCAGCAUCCCAGAGGCCCUAGCAGGGAAAGAGUGAGGCGUGAGGCAUGGGAGGGUCCCAAGGUAGGCAGCAGGGGACGGCGCUGGAGGACAGGAUUCCCCUGCUCCUUGGGACAGCUUUCAUCAAACAAAGGCUCUUGGAAUGAAAUUUCCCACAGGGUAGGACUUCUGUGACUCUGGGGUCUGUAGGGGUCUUGUUCCCAGUAGCCUCCCGAGAGAGGAAGCUUGGGAGCAUCAAUGGCCUCUUGCCAGUGAAGGGGCUACCAGGCUGGCUCAGGCCUGCCCCAGGGUCCCCAAGUAUCACUGGGGCCCAUGCAGAGCCGGCUCAACCUCCCGCAUGCUUCCCCCCCCCCCUCCAUAUAUAUCUCAUCCUGAGCCAGGCACCAUGUUUGUAACCAAGGACACAAUAAAGGACUCUCACGA